CUUCUUUGCCUAGCCUUGCCUUGCCUAGCCUCUUUCUCCAAGCCCUCCCUUGAUUAGGGCAACGCACCCUGCCACUUCCGCGGCUUCUACCCUCCUCUUUCCGUUGCUUCUGCUGCUCCCUCCUCUCCUCUCGCGGGGAAGAAUAAUAAGAUUAUAGAAAGGAAAAGGGGAGAGCGAGGAAGGAAGUUGACGGUGGUGGCAAAAUCAUAAUGGCGGGUAGCGCAGCAGGAGCAGGAGGGAGCUCCGUGGGCCGGACGAGCGUGCGGGUGGUGGUAAUGGGGGAGACGGGCACGGGCAAGUCCAGCCUCAUCGUUGCCGUCGCCACCGAAUCCUUCCCGGAGAACGUCCCUCAUGUCAUACCUCCCACCCGCCUCCCUGCUGACUACUACCCCGAUCGCGUCCCCCUCACCAUCAUCGACACCUCCUCCAGGCCCGAGAAUAAGGCGAAGCUGAUUGCCGAGUGCAAGUCUGCGGAUGCCAUUGUCUUGACGUACGCUUGUGACCGCCCCUCCACCCUUGACCGCCUCAGCACCUAUUGGCUCCCUGAGCUACGCCGAUUGGAGGCGAAGGUGCCGGUCAUCGUAGUGGGGUGCAAGCUGGAUCUGCGGGAUGAGCAGCAGGUGAGCCUGGAGCAGGUGAUGUCGCCCAUCAUGCAGCAGUAUCGGGAGAUCGAGACUUGCAUCGAAUGUUCUGCCCUCAGGCAGAUUCAGGUCCAAGAAGUAUUUUAUUAUGCCCAGAAAGCAGUGCUUCAUCCAACAGCCCCACUGUUUGAUCAGGAGACACAAUCGUUGAAGCCUCAUUGUGUAAGGGCUUUGAAAAGGAUAUUCAUCCUGUGCGAUCAUGAUAGAGAUGGUGCUCUCAGUGAUUCUGAGUUGAAUGACUUCCAGGUUAGAUGUUUUAAUGCUCCUCUCCAGCAUACUGAAAUUGCGGGUGUCAAGAAGGUUGUUCAAGAAAAGUUGCCUGAAGGUGUUAAUGAUUUUGGGCUUACAUUAACUGGCUUUCUUUUUCUACAUGCUCUUUUCAUAGAAAAAGGUCGUCUAGAAACGACCUGGACAGUGUUGAGGAAAUUUGGUUAUGAUAAUGAUAUUAAACUCCGAGAUGAUCUUCUUCCAACAAUAUUCAAGCGUGCAUCAGAUCAGACUGUAGAGCUGACAAAUGAAGCUGUGGACUUUUUGAAGGGAGUCUUCCUCACGUUUGACAUCGAUAGUGAUGGAGCUCUGCGGCCUGCUGAACUGGAUGAUCUUUUUUCAACUGCUCCAGAAAGCCCUUGGUCUGAAGCUCCUUACAAAGAUGCUACAGAGAAGAAUGUUUUAGGAGGAUUGUCACUUGAAGGAUUUCUUUCGGAGUGGGCUCUCAUGACACUUAAAGAUCCAGCAGCUAGUCUGGCUAACCUUAUAUACAUUGGAUACACUGGUGAUCCUGCUUCAGCAUUUCAGAUAACAAGAAAAAGGAGGUUAGAUCGCAAAAAGCAGCAAACCCAAAGAAAUGUUUUUCAGUGUUUUGUCUUUGGUUCUAGAAAUGCCGGGAAGACCACAUUGUUAAAUUCAUUUAUUGGAAGAACAUUUUCGGAGAAAUAUAAUCCCACAACAUCUGAUCGGUUUGCUGCAAAUGUUGUGGGACUCCAUAAUGGUGAUAAAAAGAUACUUGUAAUGCGAGAAAUAGCAGAAAUAAAAGUCAAGAACCUGCUUUCUAGUAAGGAGUCUUUAGCGGCAUGUGACAUAGCUGUAUUUGUUCAUGACAGUUCUGAUGAAGAAUCAUGGAAGAGGACAAAGGAGUUGCUUGUGCAAGUUGCUUCUCAUGGGGAAAACACUGGCUUUGAAGUUCCAUGCCUUAUUAUUUCUGCUAAGGAUGACCUUGACCCAUAUCCCUUGGCUGUACAAGAUUCAACAAGGGUAAGCCAGGAUAUGGGGAUUGAGACACCUAUACCCAUCAGCAUGAAGUUAAGAGAUCACAAUGAUGUAUUUCGUCGGAUAGUCAGUGCUGCACAACAACCCCAUCUCAGCAUUCCCGAAACAGAAGCUGGCAAAAGCCGCAAGCAAUACCAACGUCUUCUUAAUCGUUCUCUUACGUUUGUCUCAGUUGGAGCUGCUGUAGCAGUUGUAGGAUUGGGUGCUUACCGAAUUUAUGCAGCGAGAAAAAACUCACCGGGGUGAGGUUGUCUGUUAUUGUUUCAAUAAACCUGGAAAUAAGGCUAUCUUCUGGAGCUUUUAUCGUCAUCCUUUCGGUCCAGUUGUACAGAUACAUUGCUAGUAAUGGUGACCUUGGCAAAAAGUAGUGAUUAUGAUGCUGCUGAUAGUUUUCUGAGUUUUGUGCCUUCGGGUUUUUUCUUUGUUCUGCUUGACAUAAUCACCUGGAGGAGUAAUCAUCCUUCCUCAAUUUGAGGAAUUCGUGUUACCCAAACCCCACCCAAGGGUUCAUCCCUUUAUUAUUACUCUCAUUAUCAUGUAUUUGUCAGCUGUGAUGAAAGCCGACAUAAAAAAUUUGAGAUGUUUAUGAGGAGAGGGUUCUUCCCUUUAUAUGUUACUUUCUAAAUAGUGUAAUCCUCCCAGGUACUGAAUUAUCUUCUUUUAUUUAGUUGAAUGGUAUCAUGAAUUGGAAAGAAGGAAUGGGAUUUUAAAGAUUUCUA